AUGAAAGUUUUCGAGCUGAUAAGAGAGCUGAUUAUCCUCACCUCUGUGUUUUCAGCCUGUUCCGGACAAAAUCCAAUGACUGUACUGUGCUCGACAGACUGGUUCAUGGUCACAGUACACCCCUUCAUGUUGAACAACGAAGUAUAUGUACACUUCCAUGAGUUACACUUGGGCCUGGGUUGCCCUGCCAACCAUGUUCAGCCAUAUGCCUACCAAUUCACCUAUCGUGUGACAGAAUGUGGUAUCAGGGCCAAGGCUAUCUCUCAGGACAUGGUUCUCUACAGCUCUGAAAUAUACUACACUUCCAAGCAUACCUCAUCUAAGUAUGUGAUUCCAGUGUCAUGUACUGCCCCGAUAUGUUCCCCAUGGCUCACGACGUCCUGCUCCAGGAACUUAGCCCCCAACGGAGGGGUCACAACCCGGAAUGGCGAGACAUGCUAUGAAGUGUUCACCUUGUCACAGUCCAGCCAAAGGCCCAACUGCUAUUGUCUGUCUUGUGUCUACAAUGAAAGAGGGCAGAGACGAGCCCCACGUCACUAA